AUGGUUCAUGAUAUGUCUUACAACACGGUCUCCAAUGUGAUUGCCACUUGGGAGAAAGUCCGACAAGUCAAAGACUACGAACACGUCGUUGGAACGCAGCUCUUUCAGAAAUUCUUUGCCUCUACUCCCAAUGCCAUGACCGUGUUUGGGUUUCCAAAGGGCUCGGAUCCUUCGUCGAAGGACUCGUUGGAAAAUCCCAGAUUUGUCAAAAAGGCCAAAUGGUUCAUUCGGGUCUUUAUUCAGAUGAUCGAACGUUCCUUGGAUAUGUUGGGUCCAGAUAGUGAAUUGCUCACAGAAAUUCUGUUGGAAUUGGGUCAACGUCACGUUCGUUAUGGAGUGGAUACCUCUUACUAUCCUGCCAUGGGAAAAGUCUUGCUAGUCGUGUUGGAUGACGUACUCGAUGAAAAGACCUUUACACCACAAGUCCGAAAGGAUUGGGAGGAGGUUUACACGGCACUUUACACCGACAUGAUAGAGGGCCAUAAUAUGGUGAAUGUAUAA